UCCGCCAUUUUCUUUCGUUGUGACUGUGAUUGUUGGUCUGAACAUCGCAUGAUUAGAAUCGUGAAGAUCUCUCGAUUUUUUCUCGAAAAAGCCACUUGAAUUCUGAAAUUUACAUGUAAAUCAGCAGCAAUCAGAAUACGGUCAUCUCUGGUACGGUGAAACGUCAGAAUGGCGACUCGAAUCAAUGACUUGCUUUCACAAAAUCUUCAAUGUCCAAUAUGCCUCAAUGUGUACAAGGAACCGAAAUUACUUUCCUGCUCUCAUACCUACUGCAAGGAAUGUCUGUCUCGGCUUUUCACGUCUCAGCAACACCGCGUUAAGUUGUCCUGCCCAGUUUGCCGUAAGGACACCGCUGUUCCCAGGGGCGACGUCGGCAACCUUCAGGUCAAUAUUCCUAUCCAGGGCAUGGUGGAUGAUGUCCAGAAUCAAAGUCAGCUCUGCACCGUCUGCAAAGACAAGGCCUUGGCUGCUACCUACUGCCAAGAGUGCGAUGACUUCAUGUGCGUCGAUUGUUACAAGACCCAUGCCAAGUGGGACAAGUUCGCCGGACAUGACGUGGUUAAGGUCGAAGACAUCAUCUCGGGCAAGGUCGCGACGAAGCAGCGUCGCAAAUGCAAGAAGCAUCGGUCGGAGGUCGAGGAGUGCUUCUGUGUCGAGUGUAAGAAGUAUGUCUGCUUCCGAUGCGGGAUGAUGGAGCACACCAAGUCUGGCCACAACAUUCUGGAGGGAAUGGAACAUGAAGAUCAGCAGAGGGAGAAGAUCCAUGAGUUGCAGAGCAAGAUGGGUGCCAAGAGAAGCAAGGUAGAUGAAUACAUCAGCUUCAUUGAGAAGCAACAAGCAAGGCUUCAGAUCAUACAGGAACAACUGGCCGAUGAGAUUAGCCAGACCUGUGAGGAAUCUAUUCAGCAACUGAAAGAGAGGAGGGAUGUUCUCAUCGAGGAAUGCAAGAGUCGUUUGAAUGGAAUGACCAAAGAGCUUCAGGUCAUGAAAGAUGAGAGUAAGUUAGAGAUGGGUCAGAUUGAGGACGUGGGUAAUUUGGUUGGGAAUGGCGUCAAGGCACCGCUGGAAGGUGAGGCUCUGGUUGCCCAUGACACACUCUGCCAGGAACUGGAAAAGAUCCUUGCUAAGGGUGAUCCCGAUUACAGCAAGCCCAAGGGUACAACCAAGAAAGGCCACAAAGUGGCUUUUCAGCGCAUACGCUGUCAACAAGUAGGCCAAAAUGAGCUUGAUCUGGGCAAUAUUGAAGAAGCUGAAUGGAGCUUCUUAAAGUAUAUCGACUUUCCUGUCAAGGAUGGCAUCAAUUGCUUGACAUCUAUGCCCGAUGGUCGAAUCGCCGCUGGAUCCCGCUUUGGUGGUCUUUAUCUAAUAUCUCCGAGUGGCUCACAAUCCAUUGUCCUUAGAGAUGUCCCGGUUAGACAGGUUGUCUUUUUCCCCAGUGGAAAUGUUGUUAUCAGAGAUAUCCACAACACUAUCAGCACUUACUCAAAGACUUUCGCAAAGCUCGAAGUAGCCUUUAAGAGUCUUAGCAGUGAUGCUGGUGGGUUUGGUGGUCUGGAGAUUGACACCAACAACAACACCAUCCUCUGCAGUUACACGAAAGCGAAGAAGUUGUACGUGUUCAAGCAGACCGGCGGGAAACCAGUCAAUAUCAUUCAGUACGUAUUUGAACCCCACCAGAUCUUCACUCUGCGUUCGGGUAGGGUCCUGGUAAUGGUCGAUGAUUUCACGGUUGGUGUUCUUGACGCCACCAACAGCACCAUCCAAAACCGAGUGACCAGAGAUGGCCGCUAUGCGAGCCCUGCCGUGUGCAUGGAUGGGUCUUUUCUCAUUGCCUGGGUCGACCAUUCCAAUGGCUCUGUUUCCAUUGAGCAGUACUCACGGGAUCUCCACCAGAUUGGGUGUUUGGUUCAGGCGAAGAUUUCGAUCCCCCAACAUGCUUGGUACCAUCUUCGGGAGUUCAGGUCAGGGGAACUUGGCCUUUGCUCUCCUGACCAGUUGUACAUCUUCAAAAAGACCGUUUCGGUCUGAGAUGAUCUAUCUGAUUCCUGACCAAUUGUGUCGUUUUGGUCAAUCAAUCCAUCUUUUUUCGUAAUAUUGCACAUAUAUGGUUAUUAGAAAACAUAUCGUGGCCCCGUAGAAAACGUCAUAUAUCUCGUUUGUUUUUUUCCAUUUUGAUUUCAGCGGUUAGACAUUGGCUUUCAAAUAAUUAUAAGGUUGGUCUUACCAAAAUAUUUGUCUCUUCAUUAUGUUCAUCUCAAUCACGUUUAGCCAUGCAGGAAUUAAUUUUGGAGGGGGGCGCGCGCUAAACGCGCGAAGCGCUCUCCCUUGGGAGGAGAUCUGAGUGCAGGGCAACAAAAGGGCGAUGGUGUACCUAUUCGAUUUCGAAUCCAGGUCGACGGAAUGCACGACCAUCCUCUACAGAUUAAAAUAUCGACCGAGGGCGGUGACUCCCCCCCGCCCCCCCCCCACUGAAAUUCAUCAUUUUGUACAGCGGCCAAUUAAAGAGGGUUCGCCCCUUUCAUGGAAGGAACAAAAUUAUCACGAAUUCGGCGCCUCAUCAUUUUCCGCUACAUUGGAUUAUGUUCUCGCGCCUUUAGGCAAGAAGUAAAACAUUUGAUUCAUGAAAAAACGACACAUCUUUUAAAUAAAUAUAAAAGUUGAAGGAUUUUUUUUAUACAUGUAUAUAAUAUCAUAUUCACAGUUUCAUAUUUAAAGACGGCAAGAAACGAUAUCUAGAUGAUAUGUGGGAUUUUUUUUCACUUAGCUGUCAUACUUAUCUAUUUAAAUAUUAUAUCUUACAUGAAUUGCAAUUAUUCAUCAUGUUACAAUUUUACCGUAAUUACCGUAUAUAUUACAUGCAUGUAUAUGCAAUAAUUUGGCAAAGAAACCAUGAAAAGCAAAAGUGACAACUUAACUUGAGUAUAAUCUUAUCUUCCUAAUUCCUACCUAACAUUAUCUUGAUACUUCACACGUAUACAUUAUAAACCAGAGUGUUUCGUAUUUAGCUAAAUGAUAAUUGUCAUGUUUGUGGGAAAACAUUUAUUUAGCCUUCAUUCUUAUCUAUGAACUUAUUGUUGUGUACUUAUAUAUUGGAACGCUAUAUGUUUAACAAUAAAAGUCUUAUUUCUACAUACAUAGUAAUAUGUUGAAAAAGUGUAACAGAUAUAUUCAAUUCAACUUUCAAUUUAGUAUAUAGGCUACUUUACAUUGAUUUACAUCUGUUAUUUACCGUUUCAUGUAAUAAUUUCACCGUGAUAUAGAUUUUGUAUGAUGUUUUGUUUAUCAUUGUCGACCCCUAUAGAUCGAUUGAAUAUGUAUAAAAAAUUGCUGACAUUCGACAUUACCCAUUUUAAAGCAAAUUCCACGUAUUGGACUUGAAAGAGGCAGCGGACACAUAUUCAAUUUGGAGACGAUAUGCCCUUUAUACAUGGGCGGAAAUCUGUCCCCAAAGGUAGGGGGGCCAGGGCCUGGAAAAUUUGACUUGCAAAAAAAAAAGGUUUUCACACAAAAUGUAAGGUCAUUUAGUCCAAAAUACAUGUAUUAUUUCGAUUGCGAAGUGAUGUAUUUUGCUACAUCAUAAAAGACUAAAAAUAGUAGGGGGGGACAUUUGAUAGUAUGCCCCCCUACUAUUAUGGGUUGGGGGACGCGUCCCCCCUGUUCCUCGGGAUUUCCACCCAUGCCUAUACAGCUUUCAUAUGUUCUGUUUACUGGUAUAGGGGACUAAUUAAACAUAAUGAUUGAC